UUUUAGGAUGUAAUUAUGCAGUUUAUUCUCGAGUUCCUUCAUAAAUUUCCAUUGAAAGCUACUUUUGUUCUGGUCCAUGGGCUGUUGAUGCAUGAAUACAGAUUUAUGCUGAUGUUAAAUGCAUAAAGAGUUACAAAGUAGCGCAGCAGUACUCCUUGCAUGGCUGAAAUAGAACAGUUGAAAUCAAUUUAUGGGCAAGUGGUGGCUUCGUUAUUCUCUAAGCAAGUGAGAUUGAAACCUUUGCCUGUCGAUGAAUCGUCUAAAACUUUUACGGAUGAGGAACUGGCUUCUCAGUCAUGGAAUCUCUCCAGCUCUUUGAAUGACUUGAGGGAAAUGAUCCCGAGUAAUCAUCUAGACGACUGGCGAAAACAUACUUCAUUUACGCAUCCGCUACGUUCUUUUAUUCGCGAACGUGCAAAGAGUGCCUAUAGCACGGAAUAUAGUACUCAAGCCUUCUUCAAAUUUUACGAAAUUUUAAUGCGCUUCUCUCAUCUUUGCUUUCUUUGUAGUGAUACGAAACAUAUCAGAAGUUUUCACUUAUGCGAAUCACCUGGUGCCUUCAUUUCGGCUCUCAAUGUUUAUUUGAUAUUGCAGAAAAAUACGCUCCCUUGGCAGUGGUACGCAAACAGCUUGAAUCCUCAUUACGAGUGGAAUUCAUCAUUUGACAUGUUUCUGGAUGAUGAGUUGAUCACAAGUACAUAUCCGAACUGGUUUUUUGGUCCUGACAAUAGUGGUAAUAUAUUGAAAUGGACCGACGAAUACAUUAGCAGUAUUGCUGAAAAAGUUGGCAAAUUCUCUUUAAUAACUGCAGAUGGGAGCGUGUAUUGCCAGGACAACCCGGCAGAGCAAGAACGCAUCAUCUUUCCAUUAUUACAGAAAGAGAUUGAUAUAUCAUUAUCACUACUCCAAACCGGUGGUACAUUUAUUGUAAAAAUGUACACAUCAUUUCUUAAUGAUACCAUAACGUUGUUGAGUCGUCUGCUUAUGUUCUUCAAAGAGGUUCAUGUCAUAAAACCUUCAUGCAGUAAACCAGGAAAUUCUGAGGUUUAUCUGUUAUGCACAAGUUACACAUCAUGCGAGCAAUAUGAAGAAAGCACAGAAUUAUUUACGUCUUGCAGGAAGACUUUGUUGGAAUGUUCGAAAUUUUUUGUGGAGCAUCAGAUGCAAAUGAUUUACUUCAACAUAGCGACUUUUGAUAAAGUCGGGAAUGAUUUGAAAGAUUUCAUUGAACAGAAGAAGAUACAAGCAGCAGAAAUUUAUGAAGAGAUGAUGACCACAUCAAAUUUUGAAAAAUUUGCUGCUGAACUUUUCUCAGCUUCUUUCACUCUCCAUAAAAGACCUAAUCCAUGGAAAUUUUCAAAGCUUGGUGGUUUUAUCGAAGGAUUGCGAAAUAUCACCACUCAAGAGGCUCAGAUUUUGAUUGAAAAUAUGAUAGUCGACGAUUUUAUAAAAGGGGAUAAUGCUGUAGCAGAGCAGAAAUUUGACAUAUUGGCUUGUUGGAUUUGCGAUUCAUGUCAGUGGGUUGAUGAUUUCUGCGCGAACGAGUGCAGUUUGGAAGAGAUCCUGAAGAUGGGUGAUGCACCAUCAGAAAGGAGCAUAAAACAUACACUAUUUUUAGAACCAAAGACUUUGGCAUUGUUGAAAUGUACCUCCCUGGAAAUCCUAGAUAUCUGUUCUACUUUUUCCUCAUAUAGCGCUGAUGUGAGUUUUGAAGAACUGGAAACAGCGCUACAACGCAAGUCAGCACAUGAAAUCAGUCCAUCUAUACUCAAAUCUCAAAUUGACUGGAUAUCACUCCUCGAAGAAAUAUUUCUUUGUGCAUUGAAUCGGCAGGAUUCAAAGUUGCAAAUAAGAAUUCCUUCUUCUUCGUUAAUGCUGACUCGCUUUACCGUCUCAUUCAUGGCAUUCUGUUCUCUGUGUUAUGAAAAUGUUGCAUUAUUGUGUUCUAAAGAGAAUUCUCCAUUGGCGUUUAGUCAGCUAAUAUGCUGUAGUCCUAUGUUAAUCGAGUUGGAUCGCAUGUUUAUCAGUUUGUGCCAGAAUGUCAGUUCAGAUGUGAACACUUUUACGCAUCGGUGUUGCGUUAUAAUCGGUUCAUGGCACGAAAAAUGCUUGCAAAGUGCAAGUUAUAAUGUGCAUUCAAUUAUUGAUGCAGUUAAUUUGAAGCUCAAAUUCGAGUGCAACGAAAUUCACUGCUAUCGAGUUAAGAAAGAUUUAUGACAUUUGAUUUGAUGUGAAAUAGGUUUUAAGUUUUCUUGAGCUCUUCCAUUUCUUUUUCAUUGCAAAGCUAAUUGCUAUGUUUCAUAUUUCGACGAUAGAGACUUGGAAUAAAUUUAAUUGAACUUUAACUCAUUUUCUUCGGCAAAUUUACACAGGAGAAUGCACUGCUACCUGGAUGGUUUUGAUGUUAGUACUUCCAGC